GGACACAAUUUACCGUAACACUAUGCACGCUGUCGUCUUUAAUAAUCAGGAAGAGGAACUGGACUGGUGGCGAAAUCGAACUUCGUAUGUGUUUGUGGCUCGUCGCUUUCCUUUAAAAACACAAACCUAAGCUAUUAUGACACUUUUAAGGUUUAUACCUCUGCUGUUGACUUUUUGGGCUGUUUCUUUUGCUGAUGACAAUGAACAUAAAUCUGGCAGUACUAAACCACCCACUUCCACUAUUAGCAACAGUACCGAAAAGUAUAAUUCCAAUAACGCUAGUGAUGUGGCGAUGAUUAAUAGGGCUCUGUAUGUUUUGAUCGGGAUAACGGCAAUUGGAGUCCUGUAUUUCUUAGUGAGAGCCGUCCGUCUGAAGAAAACCGGUGUUCAGAAGAAGUACGGGCUCCUUUCAAACUAUGAUGACACCAUGGAGAUGGCCCAUCUUGAAAGUGAUGAGGAUGACACUACUGUCUACGAAGCCAAAUCUUUGAGAAGAUGAAUCUCUGGAUGUGUUUGACACUGCAGGGAAAUGUGAUCCCAAAUGUGAGACAAUCCUGUUAUCUCCACCAAAAUGGUUGCUGAAUUGUUGCUGAUUUCAACGACCGUGAGAGGACCUAGUCCGGAUUCUUGGAUGCCUUUUUUCCAAGACUUAAAUGGAACAUGUGGGUUUAAAUUAGUCCAAUACAUUUUAAACUGACAUGACCAAAACAAUCUUCUUUAAAAGUUUUUCAGAAGGUCAUACAUUGUUCUGAUGUGGGUUAUAAGACAAUACGGUCAGCAGAGGAUCAAAACUGUGUUUUGUGCCAAAGUUACUUAUGCAUCAUUUAUUUAAGGGGUUUGAACUCUUGACUGAGUUGAUGUGUAAUAAUCAAUAUUGUUAAAAAAUGCCCCUCAUUUCUCAUUCAAAAACACUGAAAACCCUAAAAGUUGUUUGCUAAUUCAUAAGACUAUUAUUGUUUAGUGUGUGUUAAUUUUUUAUUGUUUUAGGUAUACCUUCAUAUUAUGAUAGACAUUUUGCUUUUUAAAAACACAUUUUUUUCUCUCUUUUUGUUCUUUCUUGCUUUCUUUCUUUCACUGUACCAGAACUACAUUGGGUAUUAAUUUUAUUAGGAUUUCUGGAGUAAGCGUGACCAAUGAAUGCAUUUUUUGUGUAUAAAUUUGCCAAAUACCAGCCUAUUUAAGAGAAGCACUUUGAGUUUUAGGGUUUAGACACUAAAGCACCAAAACAGCCAGUCAUGAUAUUUUUGACUUGGCGACACUCCUGACCAUUUCACAGUUGGUUUGAUACUGAAGAUUUGAUAAUUAUGAGGGUUUUUGUCUUUCGAGAUUAAGCAUUCCCACGUUUUUAUAUUCCAAGCAUAAACGCUUAGUAUACAUUUAAAAGUAUUGUUCCAAUUGGAUUCAUAAGAAAGCUGCAUGCAUUUUUCUCAUGUGUGUUGUAAGGGUGACAAAUGAAUGUGCUGUACAGCAAGCAAUCUGCAUACAUGGAUCAAACAACAUCAGUUUCAAUUUUGCAACUUGAUAAAUUAAGGGUGAUUGAGGGCAUUUAUGAUGGUUUCUUUAAAUACAUUUACUGGCCUAUUAAUAGUGUCAAAUUGAAAUGCAUGAAGCAUCACUGUAUCAAUAUUUAAUGUACAUAAUUCAAGUGAUUCCUAAAGUGUGCCUUUCAUCCCUUUUGACUGGAUGUGUUUUUGGCUUUUUGUAAUUAAAUUCUUUUCGCUAUUUUCA